CGUACUCACAGGCCUAAAAGCAAUGAGUGUAAGAGCCUAUAUGUGUGGGAAAAUGAGUGAGUGUAUUUGUGAGCACAUGUGUAAAUGUGUUUUUGUGUAUUAGUGUCUAACAAAUAGAUGAAAAUAAUAUGGGUGUCAAAUAAGAAUAUACGACAAAAAAGGAAGACCAAAAAAACCACAUUGGCAAAGUUCAACAAAAUAAACAAAAUGCUGCCAGUUAUUCAUCUGACUAUGUCCUGUAAUUUUUAAGGAAAAACAAAAAAAUCCUUUACACACACAUAUAUUAGCCUUCUAUCACAAAUCAACAACAAGUGUUCAAUUGACCAAACAAAAUAGGGAAAAGAGAAAGCGUUCCGCAACAAUAAAACUAAAACGAGCAAUAAAAGCACAAGCAAAAGUGGAAAAUUAAGCUAAAAAGUUUUUGUUUUUGUAUAUGAAUAUAAAAUGAGUUAAUAAAAUUUCAUAUUAACUGCACAAAAACAAUAUAAAUUUAUUUAUAAAUACGAGUAUUUUGAAAAGGAAUAAAUUAAAUCGCAAUAUGUUGAGUUUCAACAAAAACCGUGAAAAGAAACUAAAAAUUUGUUGGAAUUUAAAUGCGAAAUUGCGUGAUGGCUAGACAUGCCAGGCGUACAUAUAAAGGAUUUUUAUUAAACAUUUUAGGAGGAAAAUUUUUUACAGUUUUUGUAUUUAUGCAAAAUGAAAAAAUAAUUUUUUUUUUGUUAACUAGCAGAGACUAGUCACACCCACUUAAUUUGGGGGAGUUAAGUUAAAUAUUCCCACAUACUUACUAAAACCCAAAUAAACAAAAGUCUGAGUUAGGCACUAUGAUUUGGAAAAAAUAAGCAUUUGAUUAAAUUAAAAACCAGCCAACCAAUGAUAGAAAAAAAAACAGCCUGCAAUAGUAAAACGCAUAAAUAAGGAUAUAAAAGAACUAUAACAAAGCACUUCCUAAACCUCCUUCCUUUUUGGCAAUUAAAAAAAAAAACGAAGGAAAUAACUGAAAUACUUGCUCAAAUUGUAAACAAUAAAAAGCAACAACAAUCUAAAAAACAAAAACAAAAUAAAAAACUGUCUUCAAACAACCAAACUAUGACGUCAUCAUAAUACUCAAUACUAAAAGAUAUCAAGCAAAGAGAAAGGAAAUCACACAAACGGAAAUACUCACUCAUACAUAUAAAAAAAGCCUCUCUGUACUGCAGAAAAAGUUUUGGCAACUAUUUGAAAAUAACGGAAUAUGUGUGCUUAAAACAUGAAUUCUCUACACACAAUUGCUCAAAUAAAUUGGGAGAAUUUUUAAUCUAACUCACACACACACACACAAAGACACUCACAAUACAGAAAGUAGUUACACUCAGUUUUGUUUGAAAGAAUUCCAAACAACUAACGUUUAAAACUAUUUUCCUACAAUUACUUCUCUACUAGAGCUGAUUUAAUAACCAAGCAACAACAAUAUACAAAAAACAACAAAAGUCUGCAGUUUUUUGUUCUCCUUUUUCGUGGCUACGUCAGCAUUAACAAACUUCUACUAUAACAAAUACUAUCAGCAAUACACACAUACCCCUCUUUAACACAUCCCUUAUAUCCGGUUUUUAGAUUUUUGUUUAUUUUGUUUCCCCCCUCAAACAUUGAUGUGUCAUCAUUAUCACUCAUAACGUCAUUAUUACGUUGAGUUCUUGCAAAUAACCAUUCAAAAAAAAAAACCAACAAAAGCCUAUUAACCCCACAAAAACAACUACUGCCACCCUCAGCUGCUGCUGUCAUAAUUGUUAGUGUUAAAAGGAGCAACGGAGAAAAAAAAACUAAGGAAACUAACUAGUAAACAAAUACUAACAUUAUAAUUUGUUUAUUUGUGUUAGUUUAUUAACGUUUCACCAUAACUGUAAAAUUAAACAAAUCCAACAAUGUCAGAAAAUUUACCUUCAACUUCAACAGCUCGCAUCCACUACAGCGACGAAGUUCUGCUAAGCGAUGAAUAUCGUGCCGAAUAUAGACGUCAGGAAUUCGCUAGCAAAGAAUCCAUCAAUGUAACACCCUCCGCCUCGCCACACGGUUCACCACAGUCACGCCAAAGAUUAGGACAGCAUUUAAGUAAAUCGGCUUCCGAAUUGAAUGGUCGUCAGGAAUCACCACAGGUCUCACCAAAACGAGCUAAAAGUGCUGCAGCUCCACACACGAGUGGUAGCUCUGGUUCGGGCGUAUUUCAAAAGACUCAUGGCUUUUUUAAUAAUCUCAAACAUCGUUGGGGUCGGGCUAAAAGUAAAGAUCGUGUAGGCCGUAAAUCACCUAGUGAUUUUCUCGAAGAGAGUACUGACUAUGCAGCCGAUUACAGUUCGGAGAGUAGUUCGGUUACUCAGAGUCCGCGACAUCGUUCGAAAACUAUAGGUGGUUCACCGUUGGCCAAAGAAUUUAAGGCCACCGCUAAAAUGGCUCAAGUGAUACAAAGAUUUGGUGGCUCUAUGGAGGGGCGUAUAGAUGAGGAUCCCGAAAAUGGUGCCAUAGGUUCAGAUUGUCAAGUGACCUCUAUGCAACUGGAACAACUGCAGGCUGAUGAAAUGCGCCGCAAAAAGGAGGCGCAAUUACGUCAAUACGUCUUUUUUCAAUUACGUGUUCAUCUCAAGAGUGGCAGUGAUUUAGUGGCCAUGGACAAAAAUGGUUUAAGUGAUCCUUAUGUUAAAUUUAAAAUGGGUGGCAGACUAUUGCACAAAUCACGUACAAUACAUCGAGAUUUAAAUCCUGUGUGGGAUGAAGUAUUUGUGGUGCCCAUAGAAGAUCCCUUUGAGCCAGUUGUAGUAAAGGUCUUUGAUUACGAUUGGGGUUUACAGGAUGAUUUCAUGGGUUCAGCAAAAAUUGAUUUAACACAAUUGGAAUUGGGUAAAGCGGAGGAUAUUAAUUUGACAUUGAAUGAUAUCAAUCAUCCAGAACGACAAAUGGGCGAAAUAUUAAUUAACUUAACAUUAUGGCCACGUUCACAAGAGGAUAAGGAAAUGGUAAGUCAUUUCCAACGUAAUUCCAAAUUGGCUGAAUCAUCGAAACGUUUAAAGUCUCAAAUCUGGAGUUCAGUGGUCACAAUUUUAUUGGUUAAAUCCAAAGGUUUACCUUUAGGAGAAGAUGGCAAUAAACUUAAUGAUAUCCAUAUCAAAUUUAGACUGGGCAAUGAAAAAUACAAAAGUAAAUCCUCUUGGACCGAACGCUGGCUAGAGCAAUUCGAUUUGCAUCUCUUCGAUGAAGAUCAAAAUUUAGAGAUUUCUCUAUGGAAUCGUAAUACUUUAUAUGGCAAGGCUUCCAUUGAUCUCAGUGUUUUUCAGCGUGAAACUACACAUGGUAUUUGGAAACCCUUUGAAGACUGUCCCGGUGAAGUGUUUCUUAUGUUGACCAUAAGUGGCACUACCGCUUUAGAAACUAUAAGUGAUUUGAAGGCUUUCAAAGAAGAUCCUCGUGAACUGCAGGUGUUACAUAAUCGUUAUCGUUGGCAUCGUUGUUUUCAAAAUUUACGCGAUGUUGGUCAUUUAACGGUGAAAGUUUUCGGUGCUCAAGGUUUGGCUGCUGCGGAUAUAGGUGGCAAAUCGGAUCCAUUUUGUGUGCUAGAAUUGGGCAAUGCUAGACUGCAGACACAAACGGAAUAUAAGACUUUAACGCCCACAUGGAAUAAAAUAUUUACUUUCAACGUCAAAGACAUAACCCAGGUAUUAGAAAUAACUGUUUACGACGAAGAUCGGGACCAUAGAGUAGAAUUUUUGGGUAAACUUGUUAUACCUCUGUUGCGUAUUAAAAACGGUGUCAAGCGGUGGUAUACAUUAAAAGACAAAAAUCUGUGCAGUCGAGCCAAAGGCAUGUCACCACAGAUUUUAUUAGAAAUGAAUGUGGUAUGGAAUGAAAUACGGGCCGUGUGUAGAGUUCUACAGCCGAAAGAGGAGAAAUUAAUACAACAGGAGGCAAAAUUUAAAAGACAACUAUUCCUACGUAAUGUCAAUAGACUGAAAGAUAUAAUAAUGAAUAUUUUCGAUGCUGCUAGAUAUAUACAAUCUUGUUUCGAAUGGGAAAAUCCCUUAAGAUCGGCCAUAGCUUUUACUUUAUGGGUGCUGGCGUGUAUAUAUGGUAAUCUGGAAACUAUACCUUUAGUAUUACUGCUGAUCAUACUCAAAAAAUGGCUAAUACGAAUGAUAACAGGACAGUCGGAUACUGGAGCUGGUAAUUAUGAUUAUGACUACGAUGAAGACGACGAAGAUGAUAAAGAAAAGGAAGAGAAAAAAUCGAUUAAAGAGCGUUUACAAGCUAUACAGGAAGUAUCACAGACUGUGCAAAAUACCAUAGGUUAUUUGGCCUCAUUAGGAGAGAGUACUAAGAAUACCUUUAAUUUUUCCGUCCCUGAAUUAACCUGGCUGGCAGUAGUUUUACUAGUUGGUGCCAUUAUAGUCUUACAUUUUAUACCCAUACGUUUUCUAUUGUUAUUUUGGGGCAUUAUGAAAUUUACCCGUAGAAUACUCAGACCAAAUACUAUACCCAAUAAUGAGUUGCUGGACUUUUUAUCGAGAAUACCAGAUGAUGAGGAAAUUAACCAAUAUCGUGAGUUACCACCCACUACAGCUGCUGAGGCUGCUCGAAAUAAUCCCAAAAAGAAAUUCAAAGCAUCAUAGUCCAUAGCGAGUACGGAUGAGGCCGAUAUAAUAAUGGAUUUGUAUGGAGCUCGUGAGACAUCGACAACGAGCAAAUCAAUGGCCGUUUUGCCGCAACAUGUUGUCAAUAUAUCGCAACGUUCGAUGCGUAAUGUAUCGAACAUGUUAAAGGCCGGCACCGAUAAUAUACGCAUGACGACCGCAUUUAAGAAAAUGAAACAAAAGUACGCAUAAAUCCGAUACAUGACAAAUUAGUUUAAAUUUAGGAAUACAUAUUAAUUUUUUUCUAUAUUUUUUUCUUAAAUAUUUCGUAUGGUUUUUUUUUACAAAAAAUUUUGAUGUUACAAAAAAAUUGAUAAAAUCUUAGUAAUAGUUAUAAAAUAUAAUAAUUCUUUUUUUUAUGAAAAUAAUAAUUGUUAUAAUUAUAAAGUUUUCUCCAUUUACAUUAAAAAACAUUACUUUGCACUUUUUUAAACUAAAUUAAAAAAAAAAAAAUAUUAUGUAUAAUACACCUCAUUUUGUAAACAUUUUGAAAAAUUAGAAAAUCUAGUUAGUUGAAAUUAACUUUAAAUAUUAUAACCAGCAAAAAAUUCUCUAGAAUUUUAAAGAUAAAUCUUAAUGUCAAAAUGAAUAUAGCACAAUUAUGUUAAAAUAUUAUACUUUUAAAUUAAAACUGAUCACAUCAAGUCAAACAGCAUUAGUUCUGAAAUCAAUGACAUCAUUUUCAAUGUUCGAAAUUAUCUUCUUCGAAACUCUUUCUAUAUAAGCAAAUUUUUAUUGGUUAAUUCCAUAAUUUGAUAAAAGACUAGUACCAAACAACUGGUUCAUAGAAACCCCUUUGGAACCCAGAUCCCAGAUCUAAAACCGACACAAACAGCUUUUCGUAUAUCAGUAUUUUUUGUUCAUAUAUAGAAGUGGUCCAAUAUUCUAUUUGCAAAUUCGACCCUAGUCGAAUUAUUGAUUAAAUAGAAAACAUAUGUAUCUGUAUAAUGAAAGUCUUAAGUCACAGGAGUUAUAGAAUAGCUAAGUCCACUGAGCUGGAAAAAAUUUCCCACAACUAAGUAUUGGGAUAAGACAAAGAGUCAAUGCAUCCGAAAAAAACAGUAAUUUCCUCUAACGUCUUACCAUCUGGUUGGCUCUAAUACAUCUUUAGUCACGAAUUGCCUCUUUGUAAAAGUCACUAUAGUGUUGUAAGCGAUAGCGGAGACAAUCUUCAUUUUAUUGCCUCCAAGUAAUCUGGAGAGUAGACUCUUAAAAAACAAACUUAAAAACAAAGGUUUUUGACAUACAUUGACUACUUUGAAGUAGCUUUUUGACUUUCUCUUUGUAGUCUAUGAAGUAAGCAUUGAAAUAGCUAGUGCAGGGGGACAGUCCAGAAUAAGGACAAUUACGAAGCGAUCGUUAUAUCGAAUUAUAUUUCAACAGCAAGAUCUACAUUUUAAAAUUGCUGAAGAUUUCCUGAAACAAUGAAGAAAUAGCUAUCUGAACUCUUUUGGAUAAGUUUUGCUAGGACCAAUAGGUGAAAAGUUACAAUGAUUUGAAUAAAACCCUGUAAGACCAAAAUGUUCAACUUUGUACCCCCUCUAAGCCCAGUAGUUCUGGACCGAUAGAGCAAAACAUUUGUGUCUGACCUACUAUCGAAUAGUACUAACCUUGGUGUUAAUUUCAUUAGAAUCGCUUUUUUGAGUUGGGUCACUUCACAUGAAAUUGCCCAUAUGUAUAGAAAGUAAAAAUUAUUGUAGAUAAAAUCUUACUUUCGAAAGGUUCGCAUGAGAGUUGUUAAAUCAGCUGAAAAUAUUUACAUACCCGAUCGGUCUAUUGAUUAGUAUAUGCACUACUCUACAUCAUCUAUGAAUAUGUUAUUGGAAUAAUCUGUGAAUAAUAUGAGCGAGACUAUAUGCGAGUCUUUAGACUAGUCUAAAAACAACUCUACUGAAAAGUUUCUGAACUUGUUCAUUAGUCUUUCGACUUUGUACCACGAACUAUUAAAUGGUUAAUAAACUAGUCAAUGGACUAGUCUAUUACUGCUUUAUGAAUUAUGCCAUUGAUUUGUCUAUGGACUAGUCUGUGCACUAGUCUAAGUGACAGUCUAUUAACUAGUUAAUGGACUAAUCUAUAGAAAAGCCUAUAGAAGGGUCUAGUCUAAGGACUAAUCCAUUAAAUAGUCAGUAACUAGUCAAUGGACUGGUCUAUUACUGCUUUAUGAAUUAUGCAAUUGAUUUGUCUAUGGACUAGUCUGUGCACUAGUCUAAGUGCCAGUCUAUUAACUAGUGAAUGGACUAAUCUAUAGAAAAGCCUAUAGAAGGGUCUAGUUUAAGGACUAAUCCAUUAAAUAGUCAGUAACUAUUAAUGGACUAGUCUAUUAACAAAUCAGUGGACUAGUUUGUUAGCUACCAAAAAAAACUACGUUUCUCCCAAUUCAUAGUCUUUCGACUUUGAAUCAUGGACUAUUAAAUCCUCAGUAAACUAUUCUAUGGACUAGUCUAUUACUGGUCUAUGAACUAUGCCAUUGACUUGUCUAUGGACUAGUCUGUGCACUAGCCUAAGUAAUAUCCUAUUGGCUAGUCAAUGGACUAAUUUAUAGAAAAGCCUAUGGAGUAGCCUUUGAACUAGUCUAUUGACAUUUUAUGUACUAGUUAAUGGACUAAUCUAUAGACAAGUCUGAAAGGAUUUGUUCAUUAGUUUAUCGACUUUAAACCAUGGACUAUUAAAUGGUCGGUUACUGGUCUAUGAACUAUGCCAUUGGCUUGUCUAUGGACUAUUCUGUGCACUAGUCUAAGUAAUAGUCUAUUGACUAAUCUAUAGAAAAGCCUGUGGUAUAGUCUUUGAACUAGUCUAUUGAAGGGUCUAAAGACUAGUCUGUUAAAUAGUCACUAACUAGUUAGGUCAAUGGACUAGUCUAUUAACAAAUCUGUGGACCAGUUUGUUAGCUACCUUGUCUAGUCUGAGUUAAGUUUUAUGUAAUAGUCUAUUGACUUUAAUCGACUAAUCUAUAGAAAGAUCUGAAAGGACUUGUUCAUUAGUUUUUCGACUAUGAACCAUGGACUAUUAAAUGGUCAGUAAACUGGUUAAUGGACUAGACUAUUACUGAUCUAUGAACUAUGCCAUUGACUUAUCUAUGGACUAGUCUGUGCACUAGUCUAAGUAAUAGUCUCAUUGGACUUAUCUGUAGAAAAGCUUGCGGAGUUAUCUUUGAGGGGUAAAUUUUUUAUAGAUUAAAUAUUAGUGGUCUAUGGACUAGUUAUUUGUCUAGUAUAUUAUCCAGCCCCUUAUUCAUAAAGAUAUUAAAAGCUUACUUUAGGUAUAUUAAGCACAUGUUCCAUACAAAAUUCCCAUAAUGAACCAUACACAACUUUAAAAAGCUUUUAUAAGUAUGGGGGCUAUUCUAUAGUCCAGUUUAUUGACUGAUUUCUUGAAAGCAAGACUAUAGGUUAGACUCUUUACUAAUAUAUUGUCGUGUCUAAGUAUGUGUCAUUCUAUGAACUAAUCAAUAGUAUAUUAACAUGUUUAUGGACUAGUCUGUGGAGUAGAAGUUCAAAUCAAAAGGUAAAUUGAUAUCGCACAAAAGUAUAAAAGUCUCCACAUUAUAGAAGAAAUAUGUAUAUCUGAAAUUUCGACUAUUCAUAUAAAUCCAAAAUAUAGAAGAAAUUCCUUAAUGACAAAUAAGUUUAUUUUGUUUACUAGUAAAUCUAUAGAUCCUAAUAAAUAUCUUGAAAAAUAUAGAAGACAUCUUAGUUAAAUCUUAGUUUUAAAGCUUUUAAAUUUAGAUAGAAAUGUUUAGUAGAAGCUAUUUAAUAUCAGUUUAAUAUAUAUUCUACCCUCCGAACUAAGUCAAUCUAAUACCAAUAAAAUAAAUAAACAUAUUUUGAAUUUUUUGCUGGGUUCUAAAACUAAUCAAAAAAAGUAACAUUAAACUAAACUCUACUUAAACAGAUAUUAAAUUUAUAACUUGAAUUAACUAAAAGUUUUAAUUAUUAAAGAAAGCUUUUUAUUAGCAUAUACUUUUAAAGGUUAUAUACUUUCAACUUGUGUUACAUAAUUAUAGAAAAUCUUAACCGAAGUUUAAUCGAAAAAGACCCAACCUAUUAAACUGUUUAUAAAGAGAUAAAUUUAAUGAUUUUAAUAUUUUUUUGAAAAUUAAAUUUCUUUAAUUAAGUAGCCUUUAGUAAUUUAUAGAAAAAUUAAAAAAAACUCCUAAUUGCCCUCCA